AAACAUUUCCAGACUGGUACUAGCUUCAUCAAAAAUGUAAAGGACAAAAGUAUGAAUAGCACAAAUGCACCCUUAAAAUUACUUUUUUUUCUUUGUUUCUAAAUCUUUUUUUUCUAGAUGGUGGAGAGCACCUUUAUAGACACGUCGGUCACCUGAGAAAGAAAAAAGAUUGACACGCUGGUUGUUAAUUAUGUUGCAAAGCUGCUGGAUCUGGUCAGGCAGAUACUGGAGACAAUGUGGAUUAAAUAUAGUCUCAGCUUCCAAGUUCUUCGCUUGGUUUCACUCUCUUCACAUUGUGCUGGCGGUCCUCUGUCUUCCAAUUCACACGUUUCUGCUGUACAUCGACCAUGGUGCACUUCACCUGACUGAAACCUUUGUGACAAGACUGCUGAAAGCACUGAACCUCUUUGAAGAGCAAGAGAACAUGGAAAUAAAUAAAUAAUAAAUGGAUGCACAUUUUGUUGAAGAAAUAGAUCUCAAACAAACUUUUAUUGUAAUGGGCUUUGAGGUGAAAUAAAAACAAGAUUUUUUUGGUGAAUGUCUGCUUGGCGGUGCUACUGAGAGAGAGGCUGGUAACCAUCUUGUUUAAACACAAGGUUCUGAGGAAGAAGCCACUGGGUCAUAGGUUAUUAUUUUAAGCAGUGGGUAAGUACUGGCUAUUAAAAUGAUCCAGCUCUUAAUUUGCAGGAUGGCUUCAUACAGGUUCUACUGUAUGAAGUCAAAUAAAACUGGAUAUUUUGAUAUGUUUUAUUGCAGAAAA